UGCUGCGAAGAGCGGAGCAGCCGUUCAGUCAGCGAGAAGAUAUCGCGAACGAUGAAACGUUGGCACGGAAAACUGGCGAUCGUGACCGGCGCGAGCGCCGGGAUCGGCGCGGCGACCGCGAGGUUCUUGGUUAACGAUUCCGUCAGAGUGGUCGGUCUCGCGAGGAGGAAGGACAAGCUCGACGAACUAGCCGCGGAACUCGGCAAGGAUAAAUUUUACCCGGUCGAAUGCGACAUCAGGAACGAAGAGGACGUUCUGAAAGCGUUCAAAUGGAUCGAGGAGAAACUCGGCGGCGCUGACAUUCUCGUGAACAACGCCGCUGUCGCUGAGAUGUCGAAAAUCAUUGAAAUGAGCGCGGAUGACUAUCGCAAGACAUUGGAGACCAAUGUCGUGGCCCCAGCAGUUUGCGCACGAGAAUUCGUGCAAUCGAUCAAGAAACGUAAAGCAGUCGGCCACCUAGUCAACAUCAACAGCAUGGCGGGUCACUUCGCGGAGUUAAUACAGAUACCAAUUGGCAUGUACGGUGCCAGUAAAUACGCGCUGAACGCAUUGACCAUUGAACUUCGCCACGAAAUCAAGGAGACCGGCUUGGACAUCAAAGUAACGAGUAUCAGUCCUGGAGCGGUGUUAACGGAUUUGCUGAGGGAUGCGAUUAAGGUGCAAGAAAUCAUCGACAAAAUACCGAAAUUGAGCGACAAGGACGUCGCCGAUGCAGUGAUAUACGCGUUGGGCACACCGCAAGGCGUGGAGGUCCAGGAACUUUUCAUCGUGCCGCAGAACAUAGGCGCAGACACCCUGAAUAUAAUGCAAGCUAUGCAGAAAUCCCCGCAGAAGAAGUAAAGUGCACGAUCGUUCUAUGAGAUUGUGAGACUGUUCAAGCAGAUUAAUGGUUGUUCGAGUGUUUUGUACGAAUGUUCGUUUGUAAUUUAAAUAUAACGAAGUAUUAUAGAACAGA